AUGUUUCUGAAGCAUCAGUUUUGAUGUUUGACUACAUGUUUGCAGAUAAUGAAGAUUUAAUGGAUUCUUUUAAAAGAUAUUUUGAUAAUCCUGAAGAAUAUAUUACUUUCAUCAAAGAACUUAUGAGAGAAAAAAGGAAAAUGCAGUGUAUCCAAGACAAAGAAUUUCUGUAUGAGAUCAUAUUAAAUGAAAGUCAAAUGAAUGUCAAUGUAAUUGAUUGCACAACAAGGGAUGCUGCUGUAUUGGAGGCAAAAAUUGGUUUCAAUUGGAGAGUAUUUCUGACCAAAGUUCGUGUUUUGAGGUGUGGUGAUGGUAAAUUACACAUCUGCUUCCAUGAAGAUGAUUUGGAGACAUACAAUGAUUUUUUUAACACUCGCAGUGGCAUUUACAGGGACCUAUAUUAUCUUCGUAAAACAAGAAUUGUUGAUUUUAUGAUCAAAAUAAUAUUAACCAGAGCAAAUGAUACGGAAUUGAUUCCUGUAGACAUGGAUAGAAAGGUAACUAUAUUUGAUGCUACUAAAAGUAUGGCUGCUUAUAUACAACUCACUGAUAGUGUUCUUACUCUCAUUAAAUCAGCUGUUAAAGAUCCUCUUGCACAAGGACUGCUCAAGUGUUUGGAAACGCAAAAAUUUAUUGCACAAAUUGGUUACAUUGUACCACCAGAUGGAUGGACUAAGAAUCCAGAAGAUUUGAAAAAAGCUAUUGUAAGAGAAACUAUUAGUGAUGACAUUGGAUAUGAUCUCAUAAUUGAUCCAAUUCAAAAUAGAUAUGAGGGGUAUGAAGUAUGGACACAAUAUUUUUAUCGUGAUGAUGGCUCAACUGAUAAAUGGGUAGAAAAAUGGGCACAAAAGAAAUAUCAUGCUAAUUCCCAAUGGCGUGUUUUCCUUGCCAGUGGUAAUAGAAAAUUGAUGGCGACAGUACAAGAAGGAUUGCAAAAAGUAAUGGAAAAUGAAAAGAUUCAAUAUGGGAAAAUUUAUCCAGCUCCAGAAAAUUUUGACUUGAUGCCUGAUAUCUCAUGAUAUGAAAAUGCUUUAAUGGAAUGAGUGAAAUGAAUUUCAAAAAGCUACAAUUUAAUAAUAAUGCUCAGUUCUUAGUGUAGAACUUAUAAUGUCAAAUGCUGCCUAUUAAUAAUUAUAGUGUG